CCGUCCCCUUCAUAUCUCACUCCACCCAGCCCUAGAAUAAAAACCACCGGUGACGUGCGCGCAGGGAAGCACCAGCAGUAUGUGCGCGCCCACGGGAGGGGCCGAUAGAAAAUGGCGAGUCUGUGCAAAAGGCAGCAAUGCACGAUAGAGAGGCGCGGCUUUCGGCAGGAACUUGACUCUUGGAGGCACAAACUCAUUCACUGUGUAGGGUUUGAAAGCAUCUUGGAAGGUUUGUUUGGACCGGGACUGUUCAAAGACGUCACUCUGUUCCAAGACUGUGAACCUGAAGAAGUGUCUGACUGGUCUUUUGAUGAAAACUGUCUGUUCUGCUGCUUAAGACGUGAAAAAGUCAAGGAGCACGGCGCAGACAACGGCGGCGGCAGCCAGGUGCUGUCGGAGUGUGAAGCCCUCAAACAGGAGCAGUCUCGGAUCAGCCAGCUGGAGAGACAGGCCCAAGACUUCCUCAAUGCUGUGUUCCACAGAAAAGACCUCCCAAGUUUCUCAGACCCUCACAUUCCUCUAGUGGCUCGUGAGAUCAUGCAGCGAAUGAUCCGCCAAUUCGCUGCAGAAUAUACCUCAAAAAAUACUCAGGACGACCUACCCCUGCCCAACGGCACCAUGAAGGACCAAAGCCUGCCGAGAGUGGUGUCUCUGGCCCAGGCCCCUUGCUCCCCACCCAGGACCCUGCCUGUGCCCAGUUCCCCUCCAUCAUCUGCCUCCUCGUCUCCAUCCCUGCCUCAGGCGCCUGGCCUCACCCCCACAUCCUCAACUGCUGCCUCAGCACCUGCCUGCACCAACAGCAGCAAUGGUACAGGAGCCAGUAAUGGUGGAGGAGGUACAGCUGCUGCCUCUGCACAGAAUCCCGUCCUCAGCAAGCUUCUCAUGGCUGAUCAGGACUGCCCGCUGGACCUCACUGUCAAAAAGAGCCAGGUGGACCCAGAGCCCAGUCAGCAGGACGGUGUCCUAGACCUCUCCACCAAGAAGAACCACAAUACAAACAACCUCAAAACGUUCCCUGGCGUCUCCCCUGCAGCAGAUGUCAAAGGACCUUCCCUCAAAGUAGAACGUACUCAACCAGAGGUCGAUGAGGAGGAUGGUUCAUUGCAAAGCAGCUUACAAGACGGACUGAGGGAGAACCAUGUCAGUUCCAACUCUUUCAAACCCCCAUUGGCCCGUUCACUACGUAUCAAGGAAGAGCUCCUCAGCCAGAAGCAUCUCCUCAGCCAGCCUGCUGCUCUUUCCUUGGCUAAUCUAGAGUCAACUGGUUUGUUCAAUCAUGGGCAGUCCCACUCCUUACUUAGCCAAAAGAGCUCCUCCUCAUUCUGGGGAAGCAAGGCCCACCUUGACGGCCUUUUGAAGCUAAAACAGGCCAGUGGAGUUCUGAGCGGGGCCCUUAGUGACCUCAAAGACCUGCCAACAUUCCUGGAGAAUCAUCACCACGGAGCCUUCUCUUUCAAGGGUUCUCUCCAUCAUCACCACCACAAUCAGGCCUCUAAAUCCCAACACCACCAGAAUGAAGGCAAGAGAGACCCAGGCCAUUCACCCCCCGUUGAUCUAAAGAUACCCCAGGUCAGGGGAAUGGAUCUAUCCUGGGACUCCCAUGCCUCUGAUCUGUACAGCUAUGGCGCCAUAAGGUCUGGUGGUGGUGGCCAUGGGGAUAACACCCUGAGCCGAAAGCUGAGAGCUAUAUUGCCCAAACAGAACCGCAGGGGAGGAAGCCUUGGAAGCCUGCUGGAUGGGGCAGCUGACUACUGGAGCUCUGACUUGGACCAUUCCAGUACUGGGCCAGCAUACUCCACCUCAGAUGCAGAAGGAGAUGCGAGUUCCAAGCAGCCGAGGAAGAAGAGGGGUCGUUAUCGCCAGUAUAACAGCGAGAUCCUGGAAGAGGCCAUAGCAGUAGUGAUGAGUGGAAAGAUGAGUGUAUCUAAGGCUCAGAACAUGUAUGGGAUCCCACACAGCACCCUAGAGUACAAGGUCAAGGAGCGCAUGGGAACCCUGAAGAAUCCCCCAAAGAAGAAGCUCAAGCUUAUGAUGAAGAUGGAAGCAGGAGGCCAGGAUUUUCCUACAGAGUCUGAGAACAUACCUCUUGCAACCCCACGAGAUGAAGGCCAGCCAGCCGCUGAGCUCAAAGACGAUGUAAAAGAAGAGUUUGAUGACAGUUUCAAACCUAUCGACUAAAACUACUCACACAUGUAAACCUCAGUCAACUGACAAGUAAUUUGAAAAUGGAUGGGGCUUUAUUUGUGCCAAUUUACUUUGCAGUAUCUGGGUGAGCACAAAUGCAGGGAUAAUAUAAGGAGGAUUCAUAAAACUGGAGAGAAACAAUUAAUCACAUGGUUUUUGCAAGCGUUAUUUAAGCAACGCUGUAUAAGCAUUUGUUCAGCUUUUAUAUCCAGGGGCUUAACAAAUGGAAAGAAAGACAUUAUUCAAACCUUAUUUGACAAUUAAUGAAUUUACUAUAAGCAUGCGGAUAAUCCCCAGCCAAAAAACACACAAUACUACAAACAAGCCCCCUCUUUUCAGAACUUCAACAGUACUCGCUGUUUGGACUUUGGACCAUUCCAACCUAAAGGAGAAAAUUGAGGGGAAGGUUGAAAAUAAACCCCCCAAAAAACUGAAUAAUUAGUCCCUUUACCAGUCCCCUCUCUGUUGGAGUACUAGCUGGAAAUUGGUAAGUCAACUGUCUAUUAUUUGAAGCCUGUUUAAUCAUACGACUGGUAUUCCUCGCCAGGGCUCCAAUCAAACCCAUUGUCUUAUUGCCAGGUAGCCAUGACGCUUUAACUGCAAACCAUUUCUUUCCUCCUUAAAAUAAUUCUGCUAAUCUCUGUGCGGAUGAAAGCAACAUUAUCCGUCCUUUUUGAAUGAGAGAAGACACACAAAAGUCAUUCAGGGAUGCAUGUUUGUGAGUUUUGUGGACACUACUGACUUCUAUAAUCAAAUUCUUUUCCUCUAUCUUUACAUUUUAUUUGUUUUGCUUUCUUUUGCACUACACUUUUGGUCUGGCACUUAACAGACCAGGUUACCUCGGCAUUGUUGCCCUUGCAUCAUGCACUUAUUAUGGUCUGUCUCUGAAGCCCAGUUGCAACCUCAUAAUGGAUCAGAGGUGCACAUCGCCUCCAUACACUGAUGCAUUAUCAGAUCCUCAAAGCUCUUGAACCCUCUUUUUUGCCAAGGGACCAGUCGAGGGGUGAUCUGAGAAUGGAUCAGCUGUUCCUAAGGUGAAAUGCUACCUCAAGAACCUUCAUCAGUGUCUCACUGCUGAUCCUAGAAUGGCAGAGCCACGUUCCGUGAGCUUAUGAAGAUUUCUUUUUGGAAAAAAGCCUUUUUGGAUCAGAAUGUGAAACUCUGCUGCUAUUCACUUGAUUGCUAAUUUCAAUAUAAGGCUUCAUCUAGCCUAAGCUUUUAGCUGGUUUUAGUUAACAAUAUAUUUCUAUUAUUUCCUUACUUAAUCAAACUAAGCAAAGUGGCUUAGCUGCUGAAGAUUUUCCCUCUAACUUUAUUAACAGUUUUAAAGGCAGUUUAACAAUGUGUGUUUAUAACUGGGUGUUCAUCUUGGGGUGGUGGGUGGUAGUGUGUAGUUGAUAGAAACAGGGGAAAAGGUAAAUUUAAUAUAUUAUAAAUUAUUAUUACUGAUUAGAAAAAAGCCAAUCCAUGAUUUUUUUUUACUCCUAAUUUUUAACUCAGGGUAACUGAGACAGAUGAUGUGGGUUUUAAAUAUAGUAAUUUCCUGUUGGACCUAUAUUACACAGACAGGACGACAAAACAUGCCUUUGUCUGUUGGAAGGGCCGUGUACUAACAUGGACAGACUAGAUGCUAACAAACCAUGAAAGAACAGAAAACAUUGACCUGGGUUUGGGUGCUUAACUUUUGACGCUAAACUUCUGAAAUAGCACUUUUUAAAAUGUGAGAGAAAGCAAGCUGUUUGAGGUUAUGCAUGUAGUGUAGUUCUUCUCAGGAGGCUAAAGAGCAGCAAGCAAUUAGGAGAGCAGAGGAAAGAAGGAAAAACGUUUGCGUGAAGACUUUCAGAAAUCUGCAGCUUCGACCCAAACUACUCUUUGCCCUCUCGAUUACCUCUAUAAUCUAAAAAAUAAGGAAAAAAAAGGUUGGCAGUUUGAACAUGUUAAGAUUUGUGUAGUGUUGUUUUCCUUUCCCAUAUGGCUGAAGCACCAGGAUAAAAAAUGCGAUUAUGGUGUUUUACCAGACAGAGAAGAAUACCCCCCAAAGAACACAAAUGGAAAGGAAAAAUGUUCUUUUGGCAUUUCCCACCAGGAUAAAGUUGAAGAUGACGACAAAGGCUUGUUUAAUGUCAAACAAAAUGUUAUUGUCAUGUAUUUUUGAUCUUCGGUAAACACUAACUCUGCUUGGUGCUCACCCAGUCUGUGAGAUUUUUUACUACAACUCUGUUCAGAUGACUUUGAUGAUUGACUCCUUGUGAAUUGUACUGUAUGUUUUAUUUAUUUAUUUUUUAAACAUAUCUUAAUUAUGGCAUGCACCACUUUUGGCUGUGUUUGGGGCCUGGCCAAUCAAAUAAAAGAUUAAUAAUUAAUCUUAUAAUUUUAUUUAAACAAACCUGAGACAGAAAUGGCCACACUUAGUUAUGAAGGAACAAUCAAAUUCUAUUUAAAUUGUGUACUGACCUGUUGCAAACAAUCGAAUAGCCAAUGGGAAAAGCUCUACAAAAGACCCCUUUACCAACGAUAUUGCAGGGGCCAUCAUGCAUGAAAUGCGCCCAACACUUGACAAUGCAAAGCAUUUAAAGUGUCUAAAAUAAGUUGUUGCGCAUGUUGAGUUGGACCCUGCGACGGACAAUUCACUAAUCUGAUAAAAACGCUCCUUAUGAGCUUAUGAGCAUCAGGGCUGCUAACUCAUAUCUGUGAACAUAAGUUUGAAAAAACACCCUCCUGACCCCACGUGUGUCCCCCUCCUCUCAAAAGAAAAAUUCAUGUGUAGAAAUAGUGUAACUGGCACUUAAUGCACAGGUCUGCGUAGAUAAAUGUCCAAAGCACUUACGACUGAAUUCCCCUGAGAGGGGCAGUUCCUCAAGGGCCAAAUAAUCUCAGUGUAAUUUACACACAUGUCAGAUUGUCAGUGGUUUUGCUCAUCAUUUUACAGGUCUUCUUUUCAGCCCUAUGGACUGAGGUGCAUGCCAUUUAAGGUAUACUUAUUUCAUUUUAUUUGACCAGUAUCUGUUGAUUCUUAUACUCAUGUGGUUAACACCUCCUCCUGUCCAAAAAAAGUCCUGCUCCUUAAAACUGAGUCUCGAUGCAGUUGUUUUUUUUUAAACCCUCAAAUAUUCUCAUAAUGAAUGUCGUUACCUGAAAUCAAUACAUUUAAAAAUUAACUGCUGAUUUUGUUCUUUCACUUUUCUAUUUUUCUUUUUGCUGCUUGUGAAAACAAUUGUUCUGCGGUGAUGAAAGUAGCCUUCAGUACUGUAACUGUCUCAGGACCAUUCAGAUGGGAUGGGUAGCAAUAUUCGUCAGUCGGCAAAUGCUGCACUUAACUACCUGUACCAGAUUAUAUAAUAAUUAAUACAACAACUAACUUAACUGUUAACUGUAACUGCUAUACCUCAUCCUCAGAAUAAUAGCUCUUGUAUCCGUGCCUCAUACUUUUUAGUAUCCCCUAUGCGGGAGCCUUUGCAGAAAGAUAGCGGAUACUCUGGGAAAUAUUGUGUCCUCCGCUGUUUCUUUUCUUUUAUUAUGUUCUGUCUUUUCUUUCUUCUACGAUUCUCUUGCAAAUGGAGGAAAGAGACACUGCAAAUGUCUGACUGACCAAUAUUUGCCACCCCUAGCUCUUUGCUUUUUCUUGUUUUUGCAACAAUGAAAACUUACAGAAGCGGCCAAAAGAACCACAGGGAUUAUACAGCUAUGUUUGGGUUUGGUGUGGGAGACCUGCAAACCUCCCAUUUCUUCCUUUGGAUUGAGAUUCAGUCAUUCAGUUUCACUCCGGAGAUGGUAGCUAAGAUUGCCCCCGACCCUGGUCCGAGAAAGAACAAGGUAUUGUUUAUUGUUUCUCUUCAGGUUUAUUGUCUGUUUCAUGUGCAACAUAAUUCCAGGUUGAAACCUGACACAGGCUGUUUGUUUCCUUUUCUCUCGCAUGCAGAGAAAUCAGAGACCCAGUAGGGAGAUGGGGACAGGUGGACUAGUUAACCUUCCUUUAUCUGCUGUGUUUCAAAAACUGAAUCUAAAACUACUACACUGCAUUCCAAAUAGCAAAAUGUACCUUUUUUAUAUUGUGAAAAUGAACGAUAUACACUCAAUGUAUGUAUUUAUUUUACAGUUUUUGCAUAUUGCUUUUCGUGUUGUUUUUAAUUAGUUUUUUCUUUUUACUUCUGAAAAAAAACUGUCAAAACAUGUUAAAGAUGAAAAAAACAGCCACUACUGUAACCUCAAAUGUAGACGUCACAUGAUGUGCCACUUCGUUUCAGGGUGGUGCAUGAUGCUGCGCGCUACCAGGAAACAAAAAAACAUAAUGUAUAUGAUUGCCAUGUUCCUCUCUGCAAAGGGGUUUCUGCUGUUUCUUUUUCUGUCAGGCUGCAUAUCUGGUUGUCAUUUAUACCUCAGGUCCAACUACUUCAAAGCAGCUGAUUGUAUAUUAGAAACAUAAACACAAAGAGAGUCAGGAAUUUUUAGUACAGCUUGUUUCCAGAUUUUUAGAUGUAACUGACAGAAUCAGUUGUUUUGAAUAAUUGUAGUUUCUUGUUAUUGCCAUUCAUAUUGUUGUUAUUCAAAUAUCCUCCUUAUUGCUUUGAUACAAACUAGAAAAACAAAAGCCAGGUUUUAGCGAAUACAAUGCUGUAUUCUCUAGCACAUACAGCCAUGGAAGAGCAGAACAUGCAUGCACACAAACAUUUACUGUAGAGACAUGACGGACCUGCAGCAACACGCUCUCGCAGUCCUCAUCAGGUAGACACACUUUGUGUGGGUGGGUUAUAUGUAUAAUUAUGAAGCUGGGAGUCUGCCAUGUCUCUUUUAGAAGCAGGUGGGUGUGUUUUGUCCACAGCCUACAGAACAUCAGCACUGCUGGCUGAUUUUGAUCUGGCACACUGCAAGCACUGCCUCUGUGAAAACGACUUUUGUUUCAUAAUUUCAAUGAAGACCCUUUUCUUUUUAUUGUUAACUCAACUAACUUGUUUUUUGUUAAAGAAACAAAAUCCUCCCUUCUGUUCUGUUACACAUCACCAACCUGUGAUGUUCUUUGCAUUCAGGUAGCCAUUUUUCUGAAUAUCAGAGAACUUGUCCCUUUCUACAGUUGUCAAUGUCCAUAAUCCCCAGAAUGCCUGAUAAUGAGCAGUGAUAUGACCACUGCUGUAAACCUCAGGCUGCAUUCAUUUUUAGUUUGCUUUAGAAAAACAACUGUACAGGCUUGUAUGAAUUUGUGCCUUUUGUCCUUCUGGUCUAAAGCAUGAAACUCAUAACUAUCAUUUGAAAAAGCCUGGAAUUAAAAACUGGUAGUUAUACAAAACAUUUGCUUUUAAAUAUUUUUUUUUCUGCCAAGAUAAAAUCUAAUUUUCUCUCAUCUUGUUUUUUGUGGCUGCACCUAAUUUUGCACCCAACAUUACAAAUGAAUGUAAAGUACACAGAGGAAUGCAAAGAACAUCAUUAGUAGGUAAUAACGGGGCAGUUUCACGGUCCAGAAUUAGCUGGUAUUUUAGGAUUUGUCUCAAUUGUUACCUUUAACUAUAUAAAGAAGCGACGCCUCUGUCUGCCACAAGACGGCUGCUUUGUUCAAACAUUAACACGUUAACCAACGGAUACAGUACACUUCCCCUUAUGCAUUUUAAUAUUUCUCACGCUGUUAUUUCCCCCAGACUUCUGUUAAGCCAGUGCUAACACAUCUGUUCAAAUGCACAUCUCUAUCCUGGGGCACAACUCCAAGUGUUGUAAAUGUCAAAGCAUUUGUGGAGAUAAGACAAGUAAUCGUUUGAGUAUCUAGGUACGGCUUUGAAAGCAGAGCCGAGUACGGAUCUUAAAGGCCAGACACACCUCUGGAAUGAUGUUCAUCAACAAGAGAGACUUUUGUUACAAUUAACCCAUUGAGGAAUUUGAUAGAUGGUUCAGAGAAUAUUAAGGAAAACGGCUUAUUCUCAUCAGCAUGGCUGGCUGGUGUAAGGCGGUGGCUAAAGAAGCAUCCAUUUAUCACACAGCUUAGAGAUCCAGUGUUGCUCGUUUAAACAGUAGACAACACAGAUUAUCCACUUUUAAAUAAUAAAUUUACAACUGUUUUUGUGCUGAUUUUUAAAUUCCCAUUUAACGUAUUACUCAUCCAAUUGAUGAUAGUGCUCCCAGAAACUAGAUAUUGUAAAUUUGGUGUUUUUCUUUCAGCAGAAUCAAAAGUGGCUUUUGAUUAUUCUAAUCACAAUUGUACAUCUAAUCUUUAGGGGUUGGUUUCUUAAUCAUAUAUAAUCUAACUGCCCGAGUGCAAUCACAGAGUACCUUCAAGAACAACACUCUUCUGUUCAAGAAAAAUGUCAUGUGAGAUUCGGGUCAAAUUUGUUGGCUUAAAUUCCCAGCCCCCCUGUGAUUAUGUUACACUGUGAAAGGCUUUCAGGCAGACAUUUUCUCACACUGGCUGUUCUCGUCUUCAGCGAGCUGCAGUGCUGGCAUGCAUCUCGCCCCUCCGCCUCGUCAGAAUAGCCUUCCUGCAGAUGGCAACUAGAAAGACCAUCAGACAGACACGGCGGGUCUGAGGAGGUGGAUGGGAGUGCAAGAAUGAAAUCUAAGUGAAGUGGAGAAGAAUAAAGGCCACUGAAGGUCGUCGUCCCCACCCCCACGCCACAGCUAAACAACAGGCUUUUAAUGGAACAAAGCUGAAAUUCGCUUCACAAUUGAACACUGGUGCAUCCGUGAUUAGUAAGAUGCCACAGUUGGGCUAAAAUGCCACUUAAAAAAAGGAAGGGACUAUUAGGGUUAAAAAUAUCAAUCAUAUAACCACGGAUUGAACAGAAACUUGAACGAAACAUGGCCACGAUGCUUUGCAUUUUAUAAGGUGCCCUUGUGUGUUACCAUGACGAUCUUGCAGCAUUGUUCCCACGUUGAGGUGUGUCUGGCGCUUUAGAGCCACCUACAUGUACAUUGGACCAUCUGGUCUCUGGCUGCUUUGAACUUAUUUACAGCACUGUUAACACUGGUUUAUCUCUUGCAUUAUUAAGAAUUGACAAAGGCUUUGGGUUCAUUUCCACUAAUAUCACAGACCUUAUGCUGUCUUGUUGCAAAAACAAUUCUGAUGCUCCUUCUGAUGGUGUCCAUUCUUAAUGCAUUUUAAAGUGAAUACCACUGGCAGACGUCAUUAUACUGUAUACAAUUUAUGAGACGGUCUCUAUAUCUCCUACCUCAGUUUGUUGUAGGGAUCAUUUCAGGUACUGAUUGCUUCAGCAGACAGUUGCACAAGUAAACUUAGUCUAGCUUCGCCAUCCAAAACAUUUCUCUUCCAGUUAAAAACUUAAUACCAUGAAGAGUAAAGUUUAGAGUAAGCUAGAAGGUUUUCAAGAAACCUUGAUUGUUUUGUUAAUCAAAGAGGAUGACCAGUGACAACGGUCCACUGGGAGGCCGGGUAGGGCCACUCAUCCCUGCCACACCUUUGCAGACAUUUGAUUUUAUUGUCACUUUCACUGAUGAAAAGUCAUAAACCCUUCCCCUCAUAUUUGUUCUCUACAGUAUGUGUGAUCCUUUCAGCUUGGCCAGUGAAGCGUGAGCACAAGGGCUGACAGGGAUUGGCUUCACCUCUAACUGGGCCCACACGUGAAGCUCAUGGCUGCCUGACUGAAAGCACGGUCUUCCCUUUGCCUUCAUUUCUUUCCUUUAUCUUUUCACAGAGGCUUUGCUGUGCUCUUUUCUGAUGUGGAACAGAGUUUGAUAUUAUUCAUGACAGGGCUUUAGGUUCUAACAGCAACAGGGGUGUGAGGUGUCAAUAUCCUCUGCAAUAUUCACAACAGGAAGAAAAACUACUUCAAACCUGCAGUCUGUUUUUCAUGAUAUUUCAGCUUUGGUAAAAAUUUCAAGAACUGUUAAAAGAAACAAAUUCAAUCUUUUGAAAAUUUGGCCGUUGAUGUUGUAUGAUGUCUCAUUUUGAUGUUUUAGGGUAAAAAGCUUGGACUUAAAUUUUAGUUUUUGUCCUGUGCAGAAAAAAAUUACAAAAAAAGCUAAUGAGUGGGGUUGUGCUUGAUAAAAACGCACUGCUGUGAUCCUCUUGUACUUCAUUUCUAUGGUGUUGCAAGUUAAGGAGUCAUCUGAAUUUGACCUUUGGUGUCUUUGAAGACCAUGUAUCUUCUCUGUUAACUUUCAAUUGUGAAGUCUACACUACAUGCAGAUGCCCACACCAGUCAGUGUAUUUAUAGACGAGCUGAGGAGCAACAGCGGCUCAUGGGCACGAUCGAUAGUCAGGUCAGACAGACCGGCACUCAGUGAGUUGAUAUCGGAGUUUAGUCCUCAGCCAGGAAGUUUGGCAGGUAAGAUAAAUAUUCUGUCUGACAAUAAAGAAGAUUGAAUGUCAUGCAGGCGUUUCCUACUGCCAAAACAGAAACUAUUUAGAAACCUUUUGAGGAACAUCUCACUUAAAAACGGUCUUUGAAGCCUUUUCUUAUUUUUGACUGAUUCUGUUCUAGCCAAAUACUUUUUCAGUGCUUUAUAAACAGCAAGGAUUGUAAAUAAAUAUGGAAAAGUUGCAGGGGAGGCUCGUGUGGAGCUACGUGAUGGUCCACCCUGUUGGUCCUCUGGAGAUCCAACUUACAAGACUUGGACUGUUGCCUUUCCGAAUGUCAUUUAGGGAAAGCUGCUCUUAAAAACCAGAAACAAGCGCUUUGUCUGUACCUGCGUUUAGAAAAGUAACGCUGAGUGUUUGUUCUUUCUUUCAGUCUUUGAUAAUGUUUUCCAUCUUGGUAUUUCUUGGUGUGCAAAAAUGUAAAGAUAAAAAAACAACACAGAAUACCUCAAAAAAGAUCCAUGUAACCUUGACAACCUCCACAAUUUGUGAGACCCUGUCCAUCAAAACUCAUUUUGGGCACUUUUACCCUAUAUUUUUUGGUUGUUUGUUUUUGCCAUGCUGUUCAUAGCGCCCAGUGGAGGUCUCGGCAUUUUGUACUACUUCAGUUUUAUAUACUUAUGUGCAUUCUCUCUUUCAAUUUGGCAAAAGUCUUGGUCUCAAACUUUACACAAACCAACUUGUGUUGCUUAGUUAAAGAUGGACAGAGGGCAUUUCGAGGAUAAGAUCAAAUGAAACAACUUUGAAAGAAUUGCAGUAGACGCUCUCUGGAUCCCUACAAAAGACUGAGUAUCAGUCUAAAGAAAAACCCUUGUGUCUUUUGUUUCUAAAAUUGGGUUUGCUGAAAGUAUUAAGACAAACGUGCUAUACUUGAAGCCAGUCCCGAUUGUUCCUUUUGCAUACCUCGUUACCUACUCUUUAUCAUUGUUAAAAACUGAAUGUAAAAAUAACCCAAACAACUAACCUCUAAUGUAACUAUACAUAUUUAAGAAUAAGAAAUACUCUUUAUGUGCACAUAGAUAUUACCUAUACAGGCCCCACACAAACACAAAUGCAUAUGUAUAUAAAAUUCUCUAACGUCAUAUACUUUCUAGCUUGAAAAGGAAAAGGACGAGCCUUUUCCAUCGAUGAUUCAGGGAACAAUACAGAAGUCCAGUGCAGUAUAGUCCCACUCUGUUGCUUUUGGUGUUUGUUUUCUUACUCUGUCCUUGCUUGUUAUUUCCCCAUGAUGUAGCAUAGGGCUAAGGGGCAGGGCAACUUGAGUUUUUUUGUUAACAGUAGUAGUAGCUAAACUAGGAUUUAGUGUAGUUGUAGUCUUUCCGAGCCCGAUUCUGUAAAAGGGGACUGACAGGGAAUUGGGUGGAGGGGGGGAAGUCUUCUUCAGGACAGUUGUAUAUAGAUCUGCUUUACCCAUCAACCCUUGCCUGUCUUUUCACAGGUGAGAUGGAAGUGUAUAUUGAAGGCGCUGAGCAGAAAAGGCUUGUGUGUUUUUACAUCUAAAAAAGAAAAGACUGUUUUAAAUGAAGGAGCUGGCUGGUAGGGAGAGGAUCAUGUUUAGGUUCUCUACCAAACAGAAAAGUGAACUUUAAAAUGCAUUUCCCUCAAACAAUGCACGGAGUGAUGGAAGGUUUAGUGAAUGUUGACCCUCUUAAUAUUUUUGCAUGCUGGUGUACAUACCCCUCUAUAAGUCCUUCUACUUGAAGAGGCUGAUUGAUCUGAGAGUGCUUUUCGAUGUUCUCCACAGGACAGAUUCUGAUGUCUUGGAUAUGAGAUAUCAGCCGCUGUGUAAAGUAACAUAAAAGUGUGUAUGAGUGUGACUGAGUAAGGAAUCAUGUGACAAGCUUGCUCUUUUUUAGUUCCCUCAGUUGUACUUCAGCCAUAUUCAAGUCACAGAGCUGUAUCUUAAAAACAUGGAUCUACCUGCUCUAAUGCUAAAUCAAUGUUAAACAAGUUUGAAAAACUGCAUCUCUAAACGUAUCGUGUCUCAUAAAGACACCUCACUGGGCACCUUACAGACCCAAACUACAUGACUCAGACACCCUCAGGGACACUUUAACAACACUGCUCUCACUUUUAUUCAGGUACUAACCUACACCGAGGCCUAGCAGUGACCGACCGCAAAAUACAGUAUAUUUGCGUGAGCAUAUUUCUAUGAAGAUGACAAUUACCACCAAAAUCUCGAACAACCAGAAGCAGUUUUUCUCACCAUGACAUUGCUACUUUGUGUUGUACUUAUGGGAUUAUUUCUCCUUUUCUCUUAGUGUCUGCCCUAUUUUCCAAAUGCUGGAAUUUUACUAGCUUAUGAAUGUCAAUCUUCUCAGUUCAGGACAGGAGUAUUUGUUGGCAAUCUGUUCUCUCUGGCUUUUGCCAGGGGCCAUGGCUUUAACUCCGUGCCAAGCCUCAGUGCGGGCAUCUUAUUGUGUGGCUAUGAAGCACCAACAAUACCAACAAGCUAAUGUCAUAAAAGCUAAACCUCAUACAUGUGCACAAACCAGUGUUUUGGCUAGCCUUCACAACCUUUUAUACAGCAGGUUGGUUUGAAAACCAGGACCUGCAGUUAGAAGAAAGCUAUGUUCAUGUAUUUUUCUGGCUUAAGAUAAAGUCUGGCUGAAGUUUUUUCGUAACGAAGUUACACAGUACAAAGAAAUUUAACAGAUAUGCCUUCAAUUCUCAAGUUACAGGGCAAAAUAAUAAGCCUCUGUUAUCACAUGUUACACAAGGCAAAUGGGAAAUGUGUAAAUAACCAGAGCGAAUAAGAUUGGGAGUAGAGACCUAUUCUGCAGUUUUCCAUGAAACGGUCCUCAUUUGUACGUUUCAGCCAGCCAUUCCCUCUUAUGUUGCUGAGCACUUGUGUACUGCACACAACUUGGCAAAGAUUAAGACUAUGGAGGUCUUCUGUAGACCCAGAGUAUUUUCCACUAAUAACUUGUAAUGCAUAAACAAAUUAACCGCGGUGUUUUGCCCAAAUCAUGUAUCUAUAAAAUAAAUUAGUGACAUUUGGUGAAAGCUGUGAUUAAAAACCUGCUGCAAUUCCUGUUGUGAGAACUCUUUCAGAUCACAUUCCCAAUGUUAGCUUUGCUCCUAAACUGAUUUUGUUGCGAAAGCAUUAGCACCAGUUGAUCUCAAAAGUUUGAGAUACAUGGCUAGAAGCAGAAAGUGUCGUCCUGGGCUUUUCCUUGGUCUACAUAUUGUGCUGUCGAGGUUUCUAAUGUUUUGUAAUCUCACCUCGGUUCUUAACGGGUGGCUGGACUCCCCACUAUGGGGCCUGCUGGGCUAUUUCCUCUGUACUGCUGAGAUUUUGUUUUUAGGUUUGAUGAUAUACCUCAUUCCUUCAGUCCAGUGGGCCCUAGGGGUGUGCUGUGCCGAUGCUCAGGAUGCCCAAGCCCCCUUUGACGGUUUGGUCCUACCUGGACUGUACCUCUUACAAGUACAUGAAUACAUGCACACACACUUAUUUCCACUGCAGGAAGCGUAAAGUUUGUUGGACUACAUAAACAAAUUAGAACUUGAGGGGCUAAAACAAAAAAUUGGGACUUUCCUGCAGUGGAAAAGGCCUAACCUACACUUACAUACAGGUUCUCCAAAUACCCCAAUGGACCUCAUUUUUUUCAAUAUCUACUGUUUACAGUUUGACAAAACGUUGUAUAAUUUUAAAAAUAUUUUCUCAUAUUGUAGUUUUAUUUAUGUGAAAUUUUUGAUUUAAAUUCUUUUUUUGUACUUUGUGAGUUGGACUUUAUUCUUCUAGGUUUAUACUAUCAAUGUUUGUGUAUGAGCACUUAACAUGAUCGCCAUAAUUGGUUUGCAGAUUUUCUUUCUCUCUUCCUCUCUCCCCAUUUUGAAUGCAAAACCUGACUUUGUGAUUGGGCUGAUGAAUAAUAAUUAGUUUCAUAUUGUCUGAUUUUUGACAAAAAUAAUUAAUUUAAUUCCCUACAGUCAUAUGUUUUUUUUAACUUUAUUUUGCAUUGAAUGUCAGGCAACGCCGAUUAGAACUGUCUUUGUGCAUGUGUAAAAUAUUUUACUGGUUAUGUUAUAUUCAAUUUGGUAAAAAAAAAUGCCAUUUUUGCCACACAUUUCAGCUGUAAUGUUGUGUAAGGUAGUAUUCACUGGAUGCUAGAAUCUUCUUUUCAAAACCACUAUUCUUCUAAUAAAUUUUGUUGUGAAAAUGUUA